GUUCCUUUUUUUUAUACCAAGAGAAAUGCUGAUCAUGGAUUUGUCUGGAGGAGCAGUGAUUAGUGCGUUGUUUCUGUGUAUGAUACCAUCAGCUUUCUCGUCUACUCUUGCUUCUGAGUGCCAAAGCAUGCUUAUAUUUGCAAGAGAAGCUUCCACUGGAGAGUUUUUCCAGAACUUCGAGAAGAUCAUGUCGUGCGCAUUGCUGGAGCAACAGCGAGCCUCAGCGAGGCAAGCUCGGGGUAAUUUGCCGUUCCAGUUUCCCGAUAAAAGAUGCAAUUUUCCGUGCUCGACAACAUUCAAGGACGUCUUCUUGGUGCAGAUUCCAGCAUGUGCUUCUUACGAUAUUCAGUGUUGCGUGUGCAUAGUUGGCACGACGUUCAAGACCAUUUUCCCUGAGGGAUCUGGCAUUCUGUCCACAUACUACCAGCAAUUUCAAGUGCAGCUGAAUGAAAUAAUCGCAUCUUUUUUCUCCAACGUCUGAAAAUCUGUGUGUGUUGAUUUGCGAAAUAAAAAUGCAAGUGCGUUCGUCAAACUCAAUAUAUAGA